UUGCGAUAAAAAUAUUUGUUGACGGGAUCAAGUCCUCGCCGUAGUGUGUUUAAUUUAGGUUAAGAAAAAGAAAAGAGAAAGUUUUCAAAUCCUUUUAGAAGCAAAUAAAAGGGUUUGAAAACAUGGUCUGGUGUUACAUAAGGUGCUUGAAUUCGAGUGCUAAACCAUGUUUAUUUCCUCCACAGAGGAAUUCAAARUUCCUCAAAAUUGGGUGUAUAGAGGUGAAGGAAAUUGUAACGUAGUAUUAUCCCUACCAAAUGAACGAAAAAUACUUAGAAUUAGAAAGACCAAAAAGACAACCUCGUUACUUAGUUGGCUACUUAACUGGAUAACGGACAUUUUGUACUGGUAUUGYGGCAAUGCUUUGAAUGAGGAAUUACGAGAUCUCACUUUUUACAAAAAAAUCAUAAGACCGUUGAUAGGAAUYAAUUUCGUGUGUGAUGCCGAACAAGUCUUUUUAUCAAGGAAGCAAAUUAAGGUUUUAGAGGACGAGUUGGCACACCAGAGGCCUGGUUACAGGAAAAAUAAAAGUUUGCAAUAUGGCAGAGCUGCUUUAUUUGAUGAUUAUGCGGUUUUGCCAGACGAGUUUUAUCCUUUUUUACUAUCAAAUAACACUUAUGCUGUUGAAAUAAAGCCAAAGCAGGGGUGGAUACCCUUCAGUGAGAAGCAUUUACCCAAAUGCACUUAUUGUCUGAACCAAUACGUCAAGAAGGAAAAUGGACAAAUUAAGUCAAUUUCCGCAUACUGUCCUGUUGAUUUUUUUUCCGGCGAGUCAACAAGGAUGAUCGACGCUUUGAAAGCGUUGAUUGAGAGUCCCCAAAACAAUUUUAAAGUUUUUAAAAAUGGUCAAUUAUGUUACGGCGAGGACUGCGAAAUUGAGAUGUUUCAAAGUUUCAUUACUGAAUUUUUUAGAAACGAUUGCGAAACUUACGAAACUUUGUUGCACGAAUUUUGUACACUAGUUAGGCAAUGCUUACUUACAAAUUUUGAAACAAUAGAAAAAACAAAUAACUGCAACAUGAAACUGUUCUGCGAAUGGAAUAAAAUCAUUCAGGAGAAUUCGUUUCAAACUAAGUUACCAAAAGGGUGUGUCCUUGAGAGGAUUUUAUCUGUUCAAAUGUUAGAUGUGGAAGGAAAUCAGUAUUAUUACAAACUUCUAACCAAAAGAAAUUUAGGAGAGUAUGACUACGUGAAAGAUUUAAUUAAAGAAGUGUCAAGGAGACCUGGCACUUGUCUCAAAUGUAUAAUCAUGAUCCUAGGCAAUAUAGACGAAAAAGUAAUGAAAGAAAAUCAUUUGGUGCUUGUUCCUUACUUAAUAUCUGCAAUAACAAAAGAUUGCUCUCUGAUGCUAACUUUCAAAAAAGUAAUGGAAGACAAUAGUGAUAAUUAUGGUAUGAAAAAUGUGAUUAGUACAAAGUUUGGUGAUUAURUCGUCAAUGUUGGCGUUUUUGACUUGUAUCCAAAACCGGUUUCAACCAUUUUAAAACAUAGGAAAAAAAUUAAGAAAAUUUUAGAAACCUGGGCUAAGUACGAAGCGUAAAGUAUUAUCUUUAUAUCAAUUUUAACGUUUUAUGUGCAGAAAUAUAUUUUAUAUACAGUU